AUGGCGGCGCUGCGCCGCACAGAGUCCACACUGACAGUGCUGGACGAGGACUCGCUGUGGGAGCUGCUGGAGAACCACCGCCACAGGAUCGUGCGCAGCAUCUGCCCCAGCCGCCUCACCCCCUACCUGCGCCAGGCCAAGGUGCUGGACCAGCUGGACGAGGAGGAGGUGCUCCACAGCCCCAGGUUCACCAACACCGUCAUGAGAGUCGGGCACUUGCUGGAUCUGCUGAAGACACGAGGGAAGAACGGAGCCAUUGCCUUCCUGGAGAGCCUGAAGUUCCACAACCCUGACAUCUACACCCAGGUCACGGGGCUGCAGCCCAAGGUGGACUUUGACAACUUCAGUGGGCUCAUGGAGACUUCCAAGCUGACCGAGUGCCUGGCCGGGGCCAUCAGCAGCCUGCAGGAGGAGCUGAGCCAGGAGAAGGGACAGAAGGAAGCCUUGCUACGGCGCUGUCAGCAGCUGCAGGAGCGCCUGGGCCAGGCCGAGGCCCGCGCCCAGAGCCUGGGCCAGAUGGAGGCCGACCACGACCGCAUGAAGCGCGAGGUCAGUGCCCACUUCCACGAGGUGCUGAAGCUCAAGGACGAGAUGCUCAAUCUGUCCCUACACUACAGCAACGCGCUGCAGGAGAGGGAGCUGGCCACCACGCGCUGCCGCAGCCUGCAGGAGGAGCUGUACCUGAUGAAGCAAGAGAUGCAGCGCCACAGGAUGUCUUCCUCCUGUGAGCGGGAACUGCGCGAGCGGUCCCUGCAGAUGACCGGCGGCCUGGAGCCCGGGGACAAGGAGCUGAGCCGCCUGAAGGAAGAGAAUGAGAAACUCCGGUCGCUGACCUUCAGCCUGGCGGAGAAGGACAUCCUGGAGCAGAACCUGGACGAGGCCCUGGAGAGCAAGCAGGAGCUGGUGGACCGCAUCCACUCUCUGAGGGAGCGGGCUGUGGCCGCCGAGAGGCAGCGCAAGCAGUACUGGGAAGAGAAGGAGCAGACCCUGCUCCAGUUCCAGAGGACAAAGGUAGACUGUGACCUCUACAAGGAGAAGGUGAACGCCCUGCAGAGCGAACUGCUGCAGCUACAGAAGGAGCGCGACCAGGCCUACUCCGCCCGGGACGCAGCCCAGAUGGAGAUUUCUCAGAAGCUGACAGAGAAGGAUGCCCUCCGCAGGAAAGUGUUUGAGCUGACAGACCAGGUCUGUGAACUGCGCCAACAGCUCCGCAGGCCAAAGGCCGAGUCCCUGCAGGGGCCUAAGCAGGAAGCCGGCGCCAGGGAGCCCUGUGCGAAGGGAAAGCAGCCGCUGGUGCGCAUGUUCGCCCUCUGCCCGCGGGAUGACAGUGACUCCAGCUGCCCCGGCCCCCCUGAGUCUCAGCUCUGCUCUGACCUGAACGCCACAUCCAACCGUGAGCUGGUGGACAGCUUCCGCUCCAGCAGCCCCGUGCCUCCCAGUCCACAGUCCCUGUAUAAGCGGGCCACAGAGGACUUCCGGGAAGACCCCUGGUCUCUCGGUGGCUUCCCAGAAAUCCUGCAGGUGAACCGGGGACCCUCCCCGGGGGUGAAGGCAGGUGACGCAGACCUGGAUUAUGAGACUGUAGACAGGGCAGACGUUCCUGAGUGUGAGAGCAGCCUGCAGCCGUGCACCGGGGGCCUCACCCUCUCAUCCAGCAGCGUCCCAGUGAGGAGGAGGCUGGCCCGCAAGAUCCUGAGCCAGGUCACCGUGCUGGCCUUCCAGGGGGAUGCGUUGCUGGAGCAGAUCAGCAUCAUUGGUGGCAACCUCACGGGCAUCUUCAUUCACCGGGUCACCCCUGGCUCGGCGGCGGACGAGAUGGCCUUGCGCCCGGGCACCCAGAUCAUGAUGGUGGAUUAUGAGGCAACAGAGCCCUUGUUCAAGGCCACCUUGGAGGACACCACCCUAGAGCAAGCUGUCGGACUUCUCCAGAGGGUCAACGGCUUCUGCUGCCUGUCUGUGAAGGUCAACAUGGAGGGUUAUAAGAAGUUGGUCCAGGACCUGGAGGCCCAAGUGGCUACCUCAGGGGAUUCCUUCUACAUCCGGGUGAACCUGGCCAUGGAGGCACGGGCGGAGGGGGAGCUGCGGGUGCAAUGCAGUGACGUUCUGCACAUCAGCGACACCAUGUUCCAGGGUCGCAGCUGCUGGCACGCCCACCGCUUGGGCCCCUACAGCACGAAGGGCGUCGAGCACGGCACCAUCCCCAACUACGCCCGGGCUCAGCAGCUGCUCAUCGCCCUCAUCCAGGACAUGGCUCAGCAAAGCACCAUCGCCCGCAAGUCAUCCAGGGGACCCCAGAAGCUGGUCCGCAUCGUCAGCGUGGACAGAACCAAGGCCAGCCCUCUGCGCUCAUCCUUCGACGGGGCCCUGUGGGAGCCCAGCAAGCUGGAAGAGUGCUCCACUGCGUGCUUCUGGGCUGAGAGCUGCUUCACCCUGGUGCCCUACACCCUGGUGCACCCCCACAGGCCCAGCCAGCCCCGGCCAGUGAUCUUUGUGCCCAGGGUGGUAGGGAAGAUCCUGAGCGAGAAGCUGUGCCUCCUCCAAGGGUUCAAGAAAUGCCCAGCAGAGUACUUGAGCCAGGAGGAAUAUGAUGCCUCCAGCCAGAGAGGGGACAUCAUCCAGGAGGGGGAGGCAUCUGGUGGCCGCUACUGGGUGACCCGCCGGGCUGUCGAGUCCCUCAUGGAAAAGAACACCCACGCCCUCCUGGACAUCCAGCUGGACAGCAUCUGUGCCCUGCACAGGAUGGAGAUCUUCCCCAUCAUCAUCCACAUCCCCAUCAACGAGAGGGCAGCAAAGAAACUCAAGAAGGCCCUGCAGCGGCACGGCACAUCCGAGGAGCAGCUCCUGGAGGCGGGCAGGCAGGAGGAGGCUGAGCUGGACAAGGCGCCCUGUCUAUACAGCAGCCUGGCCCCCGAAGGCUGGGGUGACCUGGAAGCACUGCUCGGCUGUGUGCGCUGCGCCAUCGGAGACGAGCAGAAGAAGAUCGUGUGGACAGAGCAGAGCCCCCGUUGACGGCCCCGCAGUCCCCUCCAGGGCCUGUGGGGAUCUCUGAGUCCCUGUGAUUUGAGCUCAGAGCCUCGCGGGCACAGCCUUGGGGGUGCUCACCACAUAAGCCCAGCUCUCCGAGCAUCUGUUCCCCUCACUGGGGUCCAACCUUGAACUCCACUCUGUGCAGGUCACAGGUGGGCAUUCGAACCAUCCGCCCACCUUUCUGUGCAAGUCAUCUCCCCCUCCUCCAAGGCUUGGCUGCCAGGGUCUGAACCAGAGGCCCUGAAAACACGUCUGUGGUUUGGCAUCUCCUGCACCCUCCCUCCCACAGCGGAAGGCCCCAGAUGUCUCCAGAAAACCAACUGUCUGACCCAAUUCUUCCCUUUUGCAUUUCAAUGUGCCAAAGGGCUCGUUCCAAAGCCACC